GGGCGGUACCGGUACCGGUGAUGGCGGCGGGGGCGACGGGGCCGGAGCUGUGCCCGCACUGCCGGCGGCCCUUCAAGCGGCUCCGCGCGCACCUCCCGCACUGCAAGGCCGCGCCGGCAGCACCGGCAGCCAGCCCCCGGCCGGGCCCCGGCAGCGCCGCGCCGCCCGUCCCGAGCAGUGGCCGAGGUUCAGGGGCCCGCCCGAGCCCCGCCAGCGCACCGGGAUCGGCGCCGGGAUCGAACCCCCAGCCCUCCGCCGCCAGCGGCAGCGCCCCGGAGCCCAGCCCAGCGCCGCGCCCCCGGCCGGCCCCCGGUACCGGCCCCCGCGCGGUGCGGGACGUGGCCCGGAGCCUGGACCUGCACCCCGAGGAGGUGGAGGACGUGCCCCAGAGGCUGCAGGACGGGGUGAAGGUGGUGAUCGAGAAGCACCGCGCCAGGGUGGUCAGGGAGAAGGAGCCGCGCAGCCGCGGGGAGCGGACGGAGCCCGGCCCCGCUCCCCGCCAAUCUGCCCCAAAAUCCCGGAGCAAGGAGCCGCGGAGCCGGGGAGCCGCGGGGAGCGGGACUGCUGCGAGCUCCAAGGGAGAAAAAAGCGGUUCGAAGGCACCAAAGACACUUGCUGAGAGCAGCAACAGCCCCGGUGACCUCGUCCGGCAGGAGGGAAGAGACAAAUCCCAGGCUGGAGGGGAGCGGGGGCCGCUGGACGUCGGGGUGGGACCUGAACCCCCCGCGUGUGCUCCGCACCCCCGGAGCCUCCGGCUGUCACCGGCGGAGGGGCUCGGAGCUCACGGCCGGGGGACGCCCGGGAAUGAGCUCAGCCUGCGGGGUCCGCGGGGGGUGGCAGCGCCCGAGCCCACCGUGAGCCCGGGCACAGCCCCGGGGCUGGCUCUGCCCCAAACCCAGCUCAGCCUGAGCCCGGGCACAGCCCCGGGGCUGGCUCUGUCCCUCACACCCCAAACCCAGCUCAGCCUGAGCCCGGGCACAGCCCCGGGGCUGGCUCUGCCCCAAACCCAGCUCAGCCUGAGCCCGGGCACAGCCCCGGGGCUGGCUCUGCCCCAAACCCAGCUCAGCCUGAGCCCGGGCACAGCCCCGGGGCUGGCUCUGCCCCAAACCCAGCUCAGCCUGAGCCCGGGCACAGCCCCGGGGCUGGCUCUGCCCCAAACCCAGCUCAGCCUGAGCCCGGGCACAGCCCCGGGGCUGGCUCUGCCCCAAACCCAGCUCAGCCUGAGCCCGGGCACAGCCCCGGGGCUGGCUCUGCCCCAAACCCAGCUCAGCCUGAGCCCGGGCACAGCCCCGGGGCUGGCUCUGCCCCAAACCCAGCUCAGCCUGAGCCCAGGCACAGCCCCGGGGCUGGCUCUGCCCCAAACCCAGCCCGUCCUGAGCCCCGGCACAGCCCCGGGGCUGGCUCUGCCCCUCACACCCCAAACCCAGCCCUCCUGCUCGGGCCGGGCCUCGGGCAGCAGUGCCAGGGGCUUGGAGUGGUUUCCAGACCUGUAUCCCGAGUCGGGAGGGCUGGGGAUUUUUCCAGGGAAGCGUUUCCACGAGGAUGUGAGGAUCGCCGUGGAGAUGCCCAGGUGUGGCUUGGCACAGGGGCAACAAGGUCCCCUCUCCGAGAGGCCCCUGAUGGAGGUGAGGCUGGGCGAGCUGCACACCUGGAUCAGCACCUGCAGCUUCUCUCCCCAGGGGCUGCUGGGAGCAGUGCAGAGAGCCUGGAGCAGUUAUUGUGCCAAGUACAUCCACGUGAGGCAGGGGGGACCUGCUGGAAUCUCCAUGCUCCUGGCUGGGUACUGCCUGCUCAGCUAUGGCUGGAACUAUCAGCACUUCAAGCGGCACCACUGGCGAAAAUACCACUGAAGGAGCUGGAGCAGCACUCAGGGAGCAGCCCCAGCUCUUGGGGAGGCAGCAGAGCAGCCAGGAGCUGGAUCCCAGCAGGAAUUCCCAGCAGCAGGGGCCUGGCUGGGGCUGGAGCUGAGGAGGAGCCGCUUUGCAGGUCGGCUUGUGUGGCAGAGAGGUGACAGGGACGGCCUGUGGUCACCCCUCCGUGGUCAGGCAGCUUUUAGUAGUGAAAUGAGAAAGCUUUAGAGGCACCUGAGAGAUCUGUGGGGGCAGGAGAGCUCCUGGAGGCUGCAGAGUCCCAGAUCCCUUGUUUGGGACAGGGGACAGCGCCUUGUCCUGAGCUGGCAUUAGAGAUUAUUUGACAAUUCUGCUGUAGCUGAGUGGACUUCAACCCCAAGAACCAUUCCCUUUACAUUCAGAGCUGUGUCUGGCCCAGCCCAGUUUGUACUCACCCCUUGUACUGGUAGGACUGGCCAGGACCUGUGUGAAGGCACUGGAGCAGCAGCUCAGACCACAACACCCUAAUUCUGGGGAAGAAAACUCCAUGGGAUGAGCUGUUGUGCCCAAAGGGCAAACCCGUGCCUGCAGCAGGCAAACCAGGACACUCAGGAGUGCUAGUUGGAGCCUGCCAUUCCCAGACAUGUCUGGGAAAGGGUUGCUCAUGUUCCAGGCAUGAAGGGAUAAAAAAAGAGCCAAGAAUUAAAAGUCUGAGCUCUUUUAUUCUGCAGAGUGCAGUAGUGCUGUGACAGAGGUGUUGCACCAAAAACUCUCUCACCAGCAAUAAAAACCUGUGUGGCUUUUC